AUUUACUGUAAAUAUGGCAGUUGGAUUCCAAUGAUAGUCAUCAAGUUGGGGGUAUAAGUUAAAGAAAGUGAUGCGCGUAGAUAGAGGGAAAUGGACACUGUCAUCUUAUAGAGCAGAAAAAAUAAGAUAAGGAUUAGGGCAGAGAGAUAAAUCAUGGCCGGCAGUGAGGAUGACGGGGAAUGGAGCCCCUGGGAGAAGGAGGAGGACCCAGAGGAGAGUCGGCCUCUCAUACCUGCAGUACAAGUCCACGGUCAGACUGAUAGUAUGGAGAGCCAUGGGUCAUCAUCCCCCAUCCUGGGAAGGAGCUCUCCUACCAAAAAGGUGCAAUACUUCACAGCCCUCUCAGCUACCAUGGGAGCACUGGCAAUGGGAACAGUGCUAGGGUACUCCUCUCCUGCAGGGCCCUUGUUGAUGUCCAAUGCAACUGCAGGGCCAGUUCAUCUUACCAAGGCCCAGAACUCGUUUUUCUCAUCAUCCAUGAAUCUUGGUGCGCUAGCUGGUGGUCCCAUAGGGGGUGUCUGCCUCAAUAAGCUGGGGAGAAGAGGGACAAUGCUGACUUCUGUUGUGCCGUUUGUUGGUGGUUGGCUUCUUAUUGCUUUUGCUCAGAAUUUUGCCAUGUUGAUGACAGGCCGUAUUAUUACUGGCUUCUGCGCAGGAAUCACUUCAUUGGUUGUCCCAACAUACAUUGGAGAAUUUGCCUCACCUGACAUAAGAGGCACUCUGGGAAGUGCAUUCCAGUUAAUGGUGACAAUUGGUGUUGUUUAUUCUUACGCCAUUGGAGCUGUUGUGAAGACGUGGCAGAUGCUUGCUGGACUCUGCAUUAUUCCAGCUUUGAUUUACUUCUUGAUGGUCUUCUUUGCUAAAGAAUCUCCAAAUUUUCUACUCUCAAAAGGAAAACUGGAUAAAGCUACGGAAUCAUUACAGUACUUUAGAGGGAAGGACUACAAUAUCCAGACAGAACUGAACAUGUUGCAGCAGUCAGUGGAGGAUGCAAAGCGCAAUAAGGCUUCAUUUAAGGAUCUUUUAAAACCAUACAUCUUGAAGCCACUUUUGAUCUCCCUCACUCUGAUGUUCUUCCAACAGUAUUCGGGAGUGAACCCAGUUCUUUUUAAUCUUGCCACCAUCUUCGAAGAUUCAGGAUCAACAAUCUCAGACAGCAUCAGUUCCAUAACCAUCGGUGUUGUACAGGUUCUGGCAACUCUUUUGGCGACAAUACUCAUGGACAAAGCAGGGAGAAAGCUCCUGUUGAUUGUUUCUGCUUCCAUGAUGGCUCUUUCUCUCACUGCACUUGGGGAAUUCUUCUAUGAGAAAAUGGAGGAUGAGACAUGGGCAGUGGAAACCUUAGGCUGGCUGCCUUUAGCAUCCCUAAUUAUCUUCAUUGCUGCCUUCUCAAUUGGUUAUGGCCCCAUUCCGUGGCUGAUGAUGGGAGAGCUUUUCCCCCCUAAUGUGAAGGAAGCUGCAGCUGGUCUAGCAACUAUGGUCAAUUGGACCCUGUCAUUCAGCAUCACUCUGAUAUUUGUGCCUCUUCAGGAUGCCAUUAGUGACUUUGGUGUCUACUGGCUUUUUGCAGGAGUAUGUGUGCUCAAUCUCAUAUUCUCUGUGACAGUAGUUCCAGAGACAAAGGGCAAGACACUGGAAGAAAUAUCAGCUUAUUUUGGUGGGCCAGUAGUUUCCACUGAAAGUGAUGCAUGAGUGUGAAGAAGUUUACUCCCUUAAAAAAAAAUAUUUAUUAUUAUAUUUAGUUUUAAAUUUUGCUUAAUUGCUCUAUGAAGUGCUGUAAAAAAUAUGAUUGAUAAGUGUAUGUUAGAUUUAUAACAACAGUUUAAUCUAGAGCAUUUAGCUAAUUCCUAAACUUACUGAUUUGGUGUAUGUCACAUGUGAAUGUUUUCAUUGACACCAUUUUUGAGUGAAUUGCAUCACUAUUUAGAUAGUUUUUUCACUGAUUAUGUGAUUUACAGGGUUGUGAAUGAAAGUUAUCUCUAUUAGAUUAUUGUUUCUUCUGGACAGAUGAUCUAAUGAACUUUGGUCUCACCUAAACAUCAUUUUAUUUUUAAACAUUCCGAUAACAUGAAUCAACUUGGGAGUGAUAUGGCAUAGUUGUUUUGAAGAACUUCUUAUAUUUGUUGUGUAGCUUUAUGAACUAUCUUAUGAGGUACAAAAUUUUUCAGUUUACCAAUUAUGAAUCAUGUACAAAAUAAACCAAGUUGUAAGAUGUUCUUUGCAGUUUCUACUCCUGAUCAUGAAGCCUUGUAGGAAUUGUUAAAAGAUUCAUGAAUAUAUUUUUGAUAAUGCUUUACUGCAGAGAAUGAUAGUUUAUUAUUUCAUAACUAAAGGAAAUAUGGAAUGGCAAGAGAUACAUGUCAUGGCCGUUGUAAUUUUACUUUGUUGGUUUUAUGCAUUGAUAGCUUCAUAAAUGUCUAGUCACCAAGGAGUCAGUUACUGCUCCUAUUUACCUCACGUGUUUAUCUUCUUUUUUGAUUAUUGUUUAUAUUGUUUUUUUUUUUUAUUGUUAUUAGUAUUUUAAUAAUAUUGUGUUAAUCAUGUUAAUGAUAAUAAGAACAAUAUCAAUAUUAAUAUCUUAAAUUAACAACAAAAAACAAAGAAAUGUAGAAAUCAGUUGAGGUCAUGUAGGGUAUACUAAGUGACUCCUUGGCGGCUGAGCAAAUGUGGAUCUGUGUAGAACAAUAUGCAAUGAGUCAGUAACGUUUGAUUUAGUCUUACUGAAUAGUCAAUAUUCAAGUCAGAUUACUCCUUUAUUUUAGUUUUUUAUACCAGAGAGGGAUACGCAUUUCUAUAUAGACAUGGUAACUAUUUUCUAUUUUUCUUAUUGUGCCUUUAUAAAAAAUUAUAGCAUAAGUUUGGAUUUGAAUAACCAUGUUCCUUAAUAAGAAGAGAGGACAAUUGAUGCAGUGCAUAUAGUGUGCCAGAAUUUGCAUGAUUUUUAUCAUAAAGUUUUACCUUGCCUUAAUUGUUUACUGUAAAUUCCUCAAGAAAAAUUCUUUAAAGGUAUUAUUUGUGGACCAGCACCACAUUUUUUUAUUGUAAGUUGCAAGUAAAAUUAGUGUUAUCAUAUAUAUUGUUCUUUUGAAAAAGGAUUUAGCUUGUUGUGUAUUCAGAUGAAUUAUAUGAAUAUAUAUUCCAAUUAAAUAUUGUUAUUGAAAUGUU